AUGUGGACGAGCCACGGAUAUGUGCAGUCUCCGGGCGGCUUCGGCUCCCCGGCCGCCACCCAGGACAAGAGACCGAAGUCUCGGUCCCAGAACAUCGUGCCGUGUACAGUGUCUCAGUUAUUUUCUGCUGUGCAGGUGGAUGAAACGUUCCAGGUCCGAGAUGUAGAGAUUUCACAGGUUGUUAUUAUGGGGAUCAUCAGACAGGCAGAGAAAGCACCGACAAACAUUCUCUACAAAGUGGAUGAUAUGACUGCAGCCCCUAUGGAUGUCAGACAGUGGGUUGAUACUGAUGAGGCAGGCAGUGAAAACAUUGUGGUGCCCCCAGGAACUUACGUGAAAGUGGCUGGACAUCUUCGAUCAUUUCAGAAUAAGAAAAGCCUGGUAGCAUUUAAGAUCAAGCCUCUGGAAAAUAUGAAUGAAUUCACUACACAUCUGUUGGAAAUAGUUAAUGCACAUAUGAUCCUCAGGAAACAGACUAUGGGAGGCUCAAAAACGCUUCAAUCUGUCUCCUCUUCUGGGAUGGGCACUGUAAGCUAUGGAGGUUUCAGUAACUUGCCAGUCAAUGGACUUACUGUGCAUCAAAGUCAGGUGUUGAAUUUGAUUAAAAGCUGUUCUGUUCCAGAAGGCAUGAGCCUUCAAGACCUGCAGUCCCAAUUGCAUAAUAUCAACAUGACAACAAUUAAGCAAGCAGUUGAAUUUCUUAGCAGUGAAGGACACAUCUAUUCCACAGUGGAUGAUGAGCACUAUAAAUCUACAGAUGCUGAAUAAAGGUGCUUCUGAGAUUUACUUUCCAGCUGGCUUGAACUGUCUUUCAUGUCCCUGUGAACUUGUCCAUGGGCAGCCCUACCAAACUUUAAUCAGCAGAAGAGGAUCUCUCCUGUUUAUAGCAUUCAGGUUUCAGAAGUUGAGGGCCAGCAGAAUAAAUGUACAGGUUUCUUCUAACUAAGCUAAAUAACAAAAGUGUGACAAGUGACUCGUGUUGAGCCAACUGUUUAUAGAGAGAAGUGAACUCUGUAUGAAGAAGAGCUGGAAACUUCAAGGCUAUCGGCCAUCUAGUUUCAGUGUCUUGUAGUAGGUUAGCUGGCUGGAAAGGAUUGGAUAUUUCCAGUCUUACCAUGGACAGGUUUUAUUUUUGUUUUAGAAGUGAUUCUUCCACUAAGCCAGUUUUCAGCCUCCUCCACUUAUCUUGCAGUAGUGGUAGCUUUUUCAAAAAUAUUCUUGUAAUGUACAGUGAUCAAAAAUAUAUUUUGUUUGUUACAUACUUUCUGCAUAUAAAUCUAUACUUGUGUUACAGAAUGGCUUUAUUACUGAAACUUUUGAUAUUCUAAUAUAGCUUUUAAUUGCAAUAGGCUUGCUUGUAUAUGUGUGGUUUUGUUUAAAUUCAGAAAAGCUUUCACCUUGAUUAAAUGUAUUAGUAGAUUAGUCCCUGAACUUUAUGAACAAAAAAAAAAAGCUUUUACUUUUUUUGACUUCAGGAGAAAAUCUGAAGAAUUUUACUCAAAAUGCUUUGUAAAAGGUUAAACGUAAGUGAAAUGUGAACCCCAAGGGAUGUUCAGGAAGUAAGAGUAAAACACACUUAUACAUCAAA